CACCACCAUAUACAACCAACCACUCAGCAGUGGGAGGCAGAAACUCUAGAGUCAAGGAAGGAAGGUGCUAGCCGCUGACCUUGGUGAUAUGGCCACGCUGAGUGUGAAGCCAGGACAGAGAUUUUCAGUCCAAGACUGGCAUACCAAUGCUAACCUCAUCUCUACGAAUGCUGAGCGUCAGCGUUCUGCUUCCCAUCAGAUCAGGCAGGAAGCCAGGACUCUCCGUAAUGAAACUAACAACCAGACACAGUGGGAUGAGCAUGACAACAGAACACGACUCGCUGAACGUAUCGACAGUGUGAACAGAUGGAAGGAGACCUUGGCCAAGUGCCUUACAGACAUAGAUGCUGAAAUUGAUGCCUUAGCCAAAAUGAAGGAGGCAUCGGAACGUGCACUGCAGGCCAAGAACUUGCCUUUGGACGUGGCGAUUGAGUGCUUGACGCUUCGGGAGAGCCGCCGAGUCAUUGAUGUGGUGAAGGACCCUGUGGAGGACGAGCUGCACAAGGAGGUGGAGGUGAUCGAUGGAGCCAAGAGAGAUCUGCAGCAAAAAGUGAGCGAGGCCUUUGAGCAGGUCUGCCUCUUGCAGGAAGCACGCCAGCAGCUCAACUUUGAUCACCGGGGGAAAAUGGAAGCACUGGAGAUAGACCGGGUCUGUUCCUCCCUCAGCGUCAACUCUCCCAACAUCUCGUUCAAGGUCAAUCCAACCCGGGUCCCAACUGGAUCAACAACGCCUCAGCAGUGGGACCAGUACAGCCAGUACAACAAAGACCGAGCAGAGGCGGAAAUGAAAGCCUCCACUGAGCUGCGGGAAGCAAUAGCACUCACCAUUGCUCAGACAAACAACGAGCUGGAAGCUCAGCGGGUGGCCACGGAGUUCGCCUUGCGGAAGAGGAUCCGAGAGUUUGAAAAAGCCUAUGACGAGCUGAAAUGGCAGGAGAAGAAUACCUUGGAGGAAAUUGCCGAGAUGGAAGAGGACAUCCGACGCCUCGAGGAAGAUCUCAGGAAGAAAAUGUGGGAUCUGAAACUCGCGCACACUCGCCUGGAGACCCGGACUUACCGCCCCAACAUGGAGCUGUGUCGGGAUCAGGUGCAGUAUGGGUUGACUGAUGAGGUCCAUCAGCUGAAAGGCACCAUCGCCGCCCUGAAGCAAAAGCUUGCACAGUCACAGGAUGCCCUAGACGCUCUAUAUAAACACCUGUACCGCAUCCAAACUGAUAUGGGCUACAAAGCAAACUCCCUGAUGCUGGACAACAAGAGCAUGGACAGCAGGAGAAAACUCACAGUCCCCGCUGAGAAAUUUGUGCCAGAGGUUGACACCUUCAACCGAACCACUAACCGUACCCUCUCACCCCUGAAGAGCAGGCAGCUGGAGCUGGCUUAAUCCACUGCGAACAGCACUGGUCAAUGGAGCCACUCUGAAGAUAAAAACUCCUAGAGACUCAGUUCCGUACCAGGGAAAGCUGACAUCUGUGUUGUGUUAGAUCAAUGUUAUUCUCCUGCCUCCUAAAUUGUUUUAUAACUGUCUGUCCCCUUGCAUGAUUUGUGUAUCUUCUUGCACUCCAAGGAGCAUUAUAAACAAUAAAGU